AUGGCCACCACCGCUCCCCUGGACCGCGAUGCUGAGACAGCACGCCCAGCCUCCCUCCCGUCCGACGACGCAAACGAAAAAUCGGGUAUCGCGAUCAACACAUUAACCGCUGACCAAAGCGAUGACGAAGACACCAGAAAAACUCAGGUCCCCUGGACCUGGAAGUUUGCGUCCAUAGCCUUGGUUACGGCGAUUGGUUUCGGGUCCCAAUGGAGUUCCGGCAUCUCAGGGGCCAUGAAGAGCACCAUCAAAAAGGAGCUGGGUAUUAGCAACACCCAGUUUUCCCUGCUUGAGGCUAGCGAAGACUUCAUGGUUACGGCCCUGAUGCUUCUCAGUGGAAUCGUGACGGAUAGGAUCGGUGGUGCUGGCGCCAUGUUGUACGGCAACUUCAUCUACUCAGCCGGUUCGAUUCUCGUCGCAGCGGCCGCCCAAACACGAUCCUACAAGUUCAUGGUCGCCGGUCGAGUCGUUCGCGCCCUGGGAGACAUCGCCACACAGGUCGCACAGUACAAGGUCUUCUCGUCCUGGUUUGCUCCGAGUAACGGUUUCGCUUCCACGCUUGGUUUUGAGCUGGGCAUCGGCAAGAUCGGUGCAUUUGCCGGAAAGUCAUCUGCGAACAUUAUCGCCAAGCGAACAGGGAACUUUGCAUGGGUUUUCUGGGUGGCGGUGUUCAUGAAUCUCUUUACAAAUGUCGUUACUGUGUUCUUCUACUGGUUCACGAAAGUGGCCCAUAAGAAGUUCCAGGGCGUCCGCGAUCCAGCCACUGGAGAGCAGCUCACUGAGAAGUCCAAGAAGUUUCAGUUACGCAAGGUUUUGGAACUGCCUUGGUCGUUUUGGGCUGUUAUGGCCUUUUCCCUCUUUGAAACCAGUACUGCUAUAGUGUUCUUGCAGAAUGCCACAGAGCUGGCUGAGCAGCGAUUCGGCACCAGCUCUAUCACUGCUGGAUGGUACAGUGCGACGCUUCAAUAUGCCGGUUUCUUUGUCGUUCCCCUCCUCGGCGUGUUCUUGGACGUCUUCGACCAGCGCAUCUCUAUCCUGGCAUUCUGUGGCGUUGGCAUAUUCACCUCCAUGUUACUGGUAUGCUUUGCCAACAACACGACAGGUACUGCGGCGAGUUUUGGUGUCUUUGCAUUUGCCUACUGCUUCGGCCCGGCCACUAUCAUCGAUAGCACACGUACUGCGGUAUGGGACUCAUCAGUCUUUGGCUCAGCCUAUUCUUUGAAAAUCACCAUGAACAAUGCUAUGAACAUCAUCGUCCGCAUCGUGACCGGAGCAAUCCAAGACGCGGACAACAACUCCUAUGACAAGGUUACUAUUGUCUAUGUCAUCUUGGCCGGAAUUUCAGUCGUCGUAUCCAUCGGCUUGUUCUUGCUGGCUCUCAAGUUCACUGAUCUUGGACAUCUUCAGUGGUCGCGCAAGGUUCGCAUUGCUCGGGGAGAAAUCUUGAACGAGCAGAAGCGGAAGUUCCAUGAAGAAGAUGGCCACAAGAACAGAGUAAUCUCCAUGGCUUGUUUCGUUGCGCUGAUCGCGCUGAUCCUGGGCAGCUGGUGCGGGUACUUCUGGGGUGUUGCAACUGGAAACAACGACUAA